CUUUCUUCCUCGUUAUUUCUCCGCCGGCGAUAACAUUAUCAUUUCUUUUUCUUUUCUCUCUCUAAAAAAACUGUAACCGCUCUCAGACAACCUAGGCAGCGUGAAACCCGUUCCUCGUAUUUCUCUUUCCUUUGUCUCUGUCCCUCGUGAAUUCGUUAGUUCUUGUUUUUUUGGUCUCGAUCGUGUGAAUGGAUGUUAUGGUGGGUCCCUCUUUCUCCAUCGACGUUCCGUCAUCACCUCCGUUCACCGGGAACCGUCCGACCGGUAAAACGUUUUUCUCCGGCGGCGACUCGUCGGAGAGCUCGUCGUCGAUCGGGACACCAGAUGACAGCGACAUCGAAAACGAGGAUGUUUCUCCGAAGAGAGACCGCGAAGACGAUGAAGAAGUUCAGAGCAAGUUCAAGGGUUUGAACUCUCUCGAUUCGUUAGAAGAUUCUCUUCCAACCAAGAAGGGAUUAUCGAAUCAUUUUAUUGGAAAAUCGAAAUCGUUUUCGGAUCUAUCUCAAGUGACAAAUGUGGAUGAACUGAAAAAGCAAGAGAAUCCAUUCAACAAGAGGAGGAGGGUUUUGAUUGCAUCUAAGUUAUCAAGAAAGUCUUUUUAUUCUUGUUUCAAUCCAAAAUCAAUGCCCCUUUUGCGUGUGGAUGAGGAUGAGGAUGAUGAAGAUGAAGAAGAUCAUGGAGUGGAUAAAGAAGUUAGAGCAAAAGAGUCACCAUCAUCUUCAUGUUCUUCAAUGGAGGAAAAGAAGAAUGUGCAACAAGAUGAAGUGAUGAUGAGGCAAUUUGAAAAUAGAAUGCCUCAAAGUUAUGCUAGUCAUAUGAGGCUUAGGUUAGGGAGCUUUAAGUCUAGGAGCUAUUCUCUUGCGGAUCUACAAGAACAUGAUGAGGUGGAGGAAGAUGAUGAUGAUGAUGAAGAACAACAUUUGGAUUAAAUGUAGUACUAGUUUCUGUGUAAUUAGUAAUGAGAUUUUAAUUUAAUUUUUUUUGUAUAGAUGGAGUUUUAACCCUUUUUAUGUUUUCAUAUGUGAUAUGUGAUGCUUAUUUGAGAAUAGGAAACUCAAAUUCUCAUAUGGUUGAUUGUUCCUUGUUUAAUUUUUA